AGCGCUGUUCUGAUCGCGUUCUGAGCGUGACACGUCAGUGCAAUAUGCUACCAGGUCAAUGUUGUCGAAGUCCGAAUUACCGCCGGAGGGAAAUAUAAACGUCUCUUGCAUUCUACUCCCACACAGGUCGUUACCCAUUGGUUUCCUGUACACGUCGCAAGUGCGAGACUCUCGCUAGCCAUGCGACUUCUCCUCUCACUCUUGCUCAGUCUUACUGUCUUUACAUUCGCUACCUGGGCAAGCGACGAUCUUCCCAAGCAGAAGUUUGACUAUCAAAGCGAUGUAACUCGUCUUCGAAAGAUUGUGAUCAACAGUCUUUACUCGCACAGGGAUGUCUUUCUUCGAGAAUUGAUAUCCAACGCAAACGAUGCUUUGGAGAAGCUCCGCCUUACUUCACUGACGGACAAAGAAGUACUCGAGGGUGCCGAACAACUCAACAUUACCAUCAAAGCAUUCCCUGAUGAAAAUGGCGUUGGGCAUAUUGUCAUCACUGAUACCGGUAUUGGCAUGACCCCGGAAGAAUUAGCCAGCAACUUGGGCACUUUGGCGAAGUCCGGCACGUCGGAAUUCCUUGCAAAAGCCGAGAAUUCUGAUGGCACUGGUACUGGCAACUUGAUUGGUGCAUUCGGUGUUGGAUUCUACAGCAGCUUCCUUGUCGCUGACCGUGUCUAUGUGGCAUCACGGGCGGCGAAGUCUGCGAAGAACCCUAAUCCAAUCCAAUAUGUGUUCAGUUCUUCUGCAGAGGAGAGCUCCUUUGGGAUCUAUCCAGACCCUCGCGGGAAUAAUCUGGGACGUGGUACCGAAAUCACACUUGUCCUCAAACCAGAUGCACUUGAAUACCUGAGCACUUCGAGACUCACUGAACUGAUCCAGAAACAUUCAUCAUUCUCUUCGACGUUCCCCAUCUAUCUUUUCACACAGAAAUCGGUAGAAGUGCCCGAUGAAGAUGGAGAGAAGGCUGCCGAUGAAAAGAUCGAGGAAUCACCGACCCGUUCCCCCGAGGUUGAUAAUGAUAAAGACGAGGAAAAGGACGAGGAUGAGGCUAUCGUAGAGGAGGAUAUCGAGGACAAGAAAGAAGAGGAACCUUCAGUGCCGAAGACCAAGACCGUGGAUGUCGAUGAAUGGGUUCAAUUAAACUCGCAACCUCCCAUCUGGACGCGUGACCCCAAGACCGUUACCGACGAAGAAUACGAGCAAUUCUAUCAGGCAACGUUUAAGGACAACAAUAAGCCUUUGGCUUGGUACCACUUCUCUGGCGACUCUGGGUCUGGAGCGUCCUUCCGCGCCAUCAUCUAUGUACCAUCCGUCCUUGCCGAGUCUUACUGGCAAUCUGGCCCUCAGGGUGAUGCGAAAGACGUUAGGUUGAUGGUUAAGCGUGUCUUCAUCACGAACGAUCUCGGAGAAGAUUCCCUUCCUAAAUGGGCUAGUUGGGUGAAGGCUGUUGUCGAUGCUGAGGAUUUGCCUUUGAACGUCUCCCGCGAGAUGCUUCAGUCCAACAAAUUCCUCAAACAACUGAAGUCGAUCAUCACAAAGCGUCUCGUUCAAGCUCUGACACGAAUCCAGGCGGAGGAACCGGAGAAGUUCAACGAGAUCUCAGCGAUUUAUAAUAAUGUUUUCAAAUUGGGUGCAGUUGAGGAUACCAAAAACCGGGACAAGUUGGCUACAUUGGUCAGAUUCGCGACCAAUCAUCGAAAUAGUACCUCCUUGGAUAAUUAUCUCGAGAACAAAAAGCAAGGCCAGAAGCAGAUCUUCUAUCUCGCAGAUAUGGGAAAGUCCCCAGAAAUUCUUGCGAAGAGUGUUUUCAUCGAAAAACUUCACGCUCGUGGAUAUGAGGUUCUUCUACUGAGCGAGCCUCUGGACGAGAUCUUCGUACAAAACAUAAAGAAUUGGAAGAAGGUUCCCUUCCAGGAUGUUGCUAAAGCUGGACUGAAGUUUGGCGAUGAGGAUCCGGAUGAAGAGAAGGCCGAACUCCAAGCUCUGACUGAGAAAUUCAGACCACUGUUGGAUUGGUUGAAAAAGGAAGCCGGAGAACUCGUUCGCGAAGUCGUGGUAUCGAACAGGCUGGUCACCAGCUCUUGCGCCAUUGUUGCGGAUGUCCAUGGAUAUACCGCGAACGUUGAAAAACUGCUGAACUCGAACGCCAACCAGAAGAAGGGCUUCAUCUAUGAAUACACUAAGAAGAUGAAACUCUUGGAGAUUAACUCUCGUUCCCCCUUGAUUGAGGGAUUGCUUCGGCAGGUGGAACGGCUUCCCACUGAGGAAGAAGAGCGAGAUUUGGAUGCCGAGGAUGAACUUCACGAAGUCGCCUCCGUCUUGAUUGAUGGUGCUUUGAUCCGUUCUGGAUUUGAAGUUCCCGAUUCAAACGAGUUCUUCACGCGUGUUGAUCGCAUUCUCAGACGUUCCCUUGGUGUCUCUGAAACUGCACCAACUGAUACCAGGGUGAAACCUGCACCACCUGUUGACCCUGAGUUGCCCACGGAAGAUGAACUGGACGAAGAUGACGUACACGUUGAUAUUCCUCAGCAGAAUCAGAACCAGGUGAGAUGGGAGGUUGAGGAAGUCGAUGAGGAAGGUAACACCAUCAAAACUGUUACUGGACAUGAUGAACUGUAGGGGCAUUUACUGGACGUAAUUUAAUUGGUGUAAAUGUAUUGAAAAUAUCAGCUUUUAUUUCUUGUGACUGUCUGUUGAGUAUGUAGGAUUGGUUGCAUAUCCAUGUUCAACCUCCAAGCA